AUGGGGGAACAUGAGGCGUUUUAUGGUGAGCAAGGAUUUGGCCGCACAUUUGCGGAUAGGACAGCUGUUGGGACAAGACCUAAUAAUGAUAAUUGUUCUGGGAAUGUGUUUUCGGUAUCUGACCUUCCAUGUUUACGUGUGGGAACAUCUGGUGAUUUAGGGAUAUCUGAUGUGUUUCGGGAAAUUUCUUUUUCUUCUGCCAUCCCCGUUUCUGGAACUCUAUCCACUGACCCAGUUUCUUGGGUGUCUGGUUUGUCAUUUGAUUUCAUUGAUUCGGUGCCUCCUGAAGUUGCAGACGCCGUGCCCGAAUACGCACAUCUUCCUGAUUUGAGAUUCUCUUCGUGUGACUUCGUUUAUGAUCAGGAAAUGUUUGAUAGUGAAAUUAGUGAAAUGUUGCGCGACAAUGUUGAACCCGAAAUCGUGACGCAUCGCACCUUUUUUGACGAUGGUGACCAGCUUUAUUUAUCUGAACAACUUGUUUUGGCUCGCGACAGUAUGACGGGUGCUAACACAUUACCAGUGGUAAAUGUCGAGGGUUUUGGCCAAGAUCGUCUUGUGGAAGACAUAUUGGAUAUUCCGGUUGUGGACUCGAAAACUGAUAACGACGCCACCUAUGGACAUGCUAAUCACUGA